UUGUGGGAGUAGAUGUUCCAAUUAAUAAUAAAUGGAAUGGGCAGCAGCCCCUGAACUGUAAAUGUAGACUUGGAACUGGGGCAGUUUAUUCUUGUAACGCCUAAAGAAAGGUGGAUUUGACUGGAAAUAAUGGCCGACCACGAGGAAGCAGAGUUGUCAGAGUCCCUCCAGAAGGAGGAUGGAUUUUCCAGUGAGCAGGAGGACUCGGGUGCAAAUUUCAAAUCUAAAAGUUUGCCUAUUUUAAAUGAGGAAGCGCCUCAAGAGGAAACCUUACUAGCUAGUUCUGUCCGGAUGUCCAUCACGGCAGAAGAGAGCGCAGAAUUUAUCCAGCUCCCGGCCAAGGCUGAGUCGUUUCAGGCGGAGUCCCCGACGCGGGCAAACUACCUGCCCAAGCCGGGAAAGUCAGCACUGAACAGGCCGAGUUCGUACAUGGAGAACACGGAGAUCCGUAGGAGUAAAAACAUGGUGAGGAGGAAGCCCCCGGGGUUUUUCGCUUCCAGGCUAGCUCAGAUUCGUCUGCCCAGUAGGAAGUACCUGGGCGUGAUCUUACAGGACUCUCGCUGUUUCUUGUUCUGCAUGUGCUACCUGACGUUCAUCCAGUCGCUCAUGGUGUCAGGCUACCUCAGCAGUGUCAUCACCACCAUAGAGAAGAGGUACAGCCUGAGGAGCUCUGAAUCGGGCCUCCUCGUGAGCUGUUUCGACAUAGGGAGCCUCCUAGUGGUCGUCUUUAUUAGCUACUUUGGUGGGCGGGGCCAGAGGCCUCGCUGGCUGGCGGUGGGCGGGGUGUUCAUCGCCGUGGGUGCCGCCCUCUUCUCCUUACCUCACUUCAUCUCGCCGGCCUACCAGAUCCAGGAGGUCAACUCAUCCUCUGGCAACGAGGGCCUGUGCAUGAACAGCAACGCCAGCGGCAGGGACCGCGUCGACAUCACUUCCUGUCCCAGGGACCAGGAGGGCAACGAGCACAACCUGUAUGUGGCACUGUUUGUCAUCGCUCAGAUCCUGGUGGGCAUGGGAUCCACGCCCAUCUACACGCUGGGACCCACCUACCUGGACGACAACGUGAAGAAGGAGAACGCCUCGCUGUAUCUAGCCAUCAUGUAUGUGAUGGGAGCACUGGGUCCAGCCGCCGGUUACCUGCUGGGAGGAGUCCUCAUCGGCUUUUACGUGGACCCCAAAACCGUUGUCAACAUCGAUCAAAGCGACCCCCGCUUCAUCGGCAACUGGUGGAGCGGGUUCCUGCUGUGUGCCGUAGCCAUGCUGCUGGUCAUCUUCCCCAUGUUCACCUUCCCCAAGAAGCUGCCGCCCCGACACAAGAAGAAGAAGAGGAGGAAAAAGCUGAGCCUGGACGACCUGUCGAGCGACGACGACGUCCUCAAGGAGAAGAGCAACAACAACAAGAGCCAGACGGUCACCUCGUCCAUGGGCUUUGGAAAAGACAUCAAAGACCUGCCCAAAGCAGCAGUGAGGAUCCUCAGCAACGUGACCUUCUUAUUCGUCAGCCUGUCCUACACGGCAGAGAGCGCCAUAGUCACUGCCUUCAUCACCUUCAUCCCCAAGUUCAUCGAGUCUCAGUUUGGCAUCCCCGCCUCCAGCGCCAGCAUCUACACCGGUGUGAUUAUCGUGCCCAGCGCCGGCGUGGGCAUCGUCCUGGGAGGCUACAUCAUCAAGAAGCUGAAGCUGGGAGCUCGCGAGUCGGCCAAGCUGGCGAUGAUCUGCAGCGGAGUCUCCCUGCUCUGCUUCUCCACGCUGUUCAUCGUGGGCUGCGAGAGCAUCAACCUGGGAGGGAUCAACAUCCCCUACACCACCGGACCAACUCUCACCAUGACCCAGAGGAACCUGACCGGAGGCUGUAAUGUGAACUGCGGCUGUAAAAUCCAUGAGUACGCUCCAGUCUGCGGCUCCGACGGCAUCACGUACUUUAACCCCUGCCUGGCCGGCUGCAGCAGCGUGGCCAACGACAGCACCGGGAUUCGUAACUACUCGGACUGCGCCUGCGUCCAGAGCCGGCAGGUCAUCACGCCGUCGUCCAGCGGUCAGGGCAGCAACCAGCUGCAGCUCGUCAUCGUCAAGACCUACCUGAACGAGAACGGCUACGCCGUGUCAGGAAAGUGCGACCGCACCUGCAGCACCCUCAUCCCCUUCCUCAUCUUCCUCUUCAUCGUCACGCUCAUCACCGCCUGCGCCCAGCCCUCCGCCAUCAUCGUCACCCUCAGGUCUGUAGCGGAGCAGGAGAGGCCGUUCGCUCUGGGAAUGCAGUUUGUUCUCCUCAGGACUCUCGCUUACAUCCCGACACCCAUUUACUUUGGCGCCGUCAUCGACACCACCUGCAUGUUGUGGCAGCAGGACUGCGGCGUCCACGGCUCCUGCUGGGAGUACGACGUCACCUCCCUGCGCUUCGUCUACUUCGGCCUCGCCGCCAGCCUCAAGUUCCUUGGCUUCCUCUUCAUCUUCCUCACCUGGUACUCCAUCAAGUACAAGGAGGAGCGGGUGGAGCGCUGGCUCAAGCGCCACCUGUCGCCAGUCGACACCGUGGGCAGCCUCGUCUGCCACCCGGGCGGCCACAAGGGCCACGCCCGCACCCGCUCCUGCCCUGUCAACAUCCCCCGAACCGACCCCAACGCUCUGCCCGCUAACGCGCCGCCACGCGCCGGCGCCCUCAACCGCGGUGUCAGCACCCAGAGUUGUCCCGGCAACGAGCUCAAAGCAAUAACUCCCCCUCCUCCGGCCACGCCGUCGCCUGCAGCGAAUCCCGCCCCUGCGCCGGCCCGCUCGCUGGAACACGUUUCAGUCCGAGUUUGAGUUUCAGAAGGGGGGUGGGCGACGAGGCAGGUCUCACCCACUGACGUUUCUUUUAUUCUGAAAUCCAGUCCGCUGGGUUUUAGCCGCUGUCAAAGGCACCAAUCAUCACGUGGCGGUCCUGCUCUCAUCUCAUAACUGUUGUUGGCUGGUAAAACUCUCACAGUGGCUUUUAAGUUAUGUCUGCACCACCGGCCUCUGUGGGGGCUAAAACCAUCACCUGGAGGUCCGGAUUCAAUCAGAACCUCAAGAUCAGCGAUGGAACGAUGAAAAGCCUGGAGACCCUCCUCGGACACGCUCGGUUGGUGAAAAGGCUGAAAGCGGCCUGGUGUUUUCUCUGGGAUCCACCAGAGUUCAUCACUCACCCCACCUGCCCCCCAUCCCCUCACCUCGGCAACAUGUGCCUUCUGCCACCACAGUCCUCACAUGUACAGAAAACGUACAAACACUGACACACUGGACGUCACCCUGUAGGAAACGAGUCACCUGAACAGAUACCUCAGCUUUGCCAAUCCUACGCCCCCCCCCUCACGUCCGUGCGCUUCGUCUUCAUCUGUGUUUUUAUUUCCUCGCCAUCGUGUGAGCGAUUUUUGUUUUCUGGACACUGCAUAUCAGCGCUCUCACGGGAAAAAAAAAAACCCUAUGGAAAUGUGAUACACUGCAAUCGAGUGUUAGAACUGGAAACCGAUGGCAUGGUGCUAUGUGAAAAACAAUGUUAAGUGUUCAUUUUUUUUUGUUCUUUUUGGUCGUUUUUGGGGGUUAGAAACAUUGAAAAGAACCCAACUGGACAACAGGUCACUGGGCUAAGCAGCUUGGCACGCACAGAAUGCAUUCCUGCCCGAUGCAAGGCCUUUUGUUGCUCCCCUGACACAAUGACACGUAGUAUUACCGCUGGAAGUCGGAUUGUUUGGCUUUUGCCAGCUCCAUACAAUGCAUCCAUGCAUCCGAGCUGUUUCCCUCCUGACUGGCACCCUGAUUAGUGGUUUAACCUGAAAAGAACGGGAUCGGCUUUUCCCUCCUGACCACAUUCCUGCCUGGGCGAGUUACCGGGGAUCCUCCACACGUCCGAAAGAAUACGGCGAGGGAAAACUGUGCUCGGAGAGGCUUUUGAGGCUGGACUGGGAAAGCUUGACAGUGUUUCUGACUCAUUACCAGGCUCAAGGAGAGACACAGCCCAUCAUGUACGAACGGCAGCGCCAACAUUUGUACCGAACAUGUAGGCGGAAGUAGUCGACCAUCGACCGCCGUAGAGGUCAUAGUGUAGUCGUCUGUUCUUCAUCAGCUCCGGAGAUGAAAGCUGCAGGUGAAUUUUUGGAUGGAUCCUGGGUAGAAAGUUGGUUUCUUGCCCUGCAUAGCGUUGGUUAGUUGUUAAACAGUAUUCCUGAUGAUUUAUGGGUAACAAGCUUCUCGUCUGAAAGAAUAGGAUUUGCAGGUUCCUUGUCAUGUCAGACCAGACAACAGUGUGCACACGUGCAAGUAAAAGCGUGGAAAGUAAGAAGACGGCACCAGUUCCCAGAAGAGUUGAGACAUUUAGCAAAAUCACUGGUAACGUGCAUAAAAGGCUGCUGUUCACUGUCAAGCUGCAGCUAAUGAUCGUUUCCUUCAUCUAUGAAUCUACUGAUUUCUCUUUCAAAUGAAUCAAUGAAUCGCUUGAUCUAAUCGGAGUCAGAAAUAGUCGAUAAACUGCCCAUCACAGUUUCCUCAGAGCUCAAGGUGACGUCGCUUUGUUCCAAAAACGGAGAAAAGCAGCAAAUGCUGACGUUUAGGAAGCUGGAGCUAUGAAAUGUUUAGUGUUCUUACUUGAUAAAUCCAUGAUCAGCUGACUAAUCGCCAAUCACUAGAUCAGUCCCCAGGUUAAGCCCAGUGGUUGACGGGGUUAAUGCGCAGAAUGACGCGUCUGUCACGCUGUGAUCUUAUCGGCUCGUUCUGGAUCGGUUACUGGACUCGAACGAUUCUUCCUUUCUUAGUGGAAAAAUCUGCCAGGGCGGAAAAGCUCUUCUCAUCUCAGGCUUUAUUUCGUAGCUGCUGGAGCUUUCAGUGACAUCACAUGAUCUUCAUCAGCAGACGGAGUUUGCCCAGCAGUCAUGGAGUUGUAGAUGAUCGCAUUUUAUUCUCUGUGAGCUCUUUGAGGACCUCUCGUCCACCUUUGCUUAGUUGUUGAGGUUCAUUCUUGACCUUCGAAACAGCAGCGGACAAAACAGUCUCACCUGAAGGUCCAUUUAGUAACUGUUCUGGAGCUUUCUGGAGAAACAAAUGUCAUGGAUGAUGUCCCCUUUCUUCUCAUAAAGAUCAUGUGAUGUGAUUGAAAUUUCCACAACACCUACAGAACUAACUGGAGGCGAGAUCGUUCAUCGAUGAACUUCGAAGCUCAAAGCUCAAAGACAGCAGAAUAAGUCACCAGAACGCUGCUUUACAGGGGUUAGUUUGUUGAAAUGAUCUCACCACAGCUGCAGAGGUUUUUCCACUCAUUUUAGUAUCUUCAGGACUCGAGAACAAACAAAAAGGACUUGAUUAGAUGACUCUUACUGCUUUGUAGCAGACGUCACACUAAAAUCCUGAAGAAGGGAGAAAUUAUGCUUUUAUUUUUCAGUCGUAACAGUUCAACCACAUUUGAGUCUUAUUAUAAAAAUAAUGGUAGUCUGAGAUGGAAGCAAGGAGAGGCUGUUAUAAUUUUAAUUUUAUAAGUAACUGAAUACCUAACUGUAAAGCUGAACCACUACUGAAUACUUGAAUGUUGAAACUGAAGUACCCGUGUGGUUUGAAUUCACAAACAUUAUGUGUUCAGUUCACGAAUGGCUCAUUUUCAGUUUGAUCAUCAGUUACUAAUAAGAAAAUGAUUAAUUAUGCCUGGGGUGGAUUAGUUUAAGACAUUUCUGAGCUGCGGGAACUUGAUUAACAGUUUGCAUUUUUUAAAUUUCAACGUAAAGCAGCAUUAUUUCCUAAUGAUCCACUGCCUCUGGGCUCACGGCAGCGUUACAGCGCUGUGAUGCUCACAUCGUAUUAGCUGGAUUUUUGUUACAAAUCCCCGAAUCUUGAGACCUUCAUGAGGACCCUGUGCUUGGGACUGUGGAGGUUCAGUGUUCCAUGUCCAUACACACAUACAGGUUGCAGUAGUCAGGAGCUGUGGCUCCACCGCUGUCCUCUGAGGACACCUGCUGGGUGGAUAUGGAACAGCAUGUAGAGACAUCAUGACCCAGACCAGCACAGGGAAAGGAGGACAGGUAUUUGUGUGAUCGUAUGUGACGGUAUGUCAACAGGAAAAAUGUUGGUCUGUUUGCUGGUUUACUUACAGCUUUUGUCUCAUGCAGUCAGUAUUUUUUACAUUUGAGACUUCUGAAUUGAUGAUUACAUGGACAUUGUUCCUACUAGUGUUGCACUAUAUAUAUCAUCGGUUCAUCCGCUGAUUAUUUUCUGGAUGACCGGAAUGUCAGAAAAUGGUUAAAAAAUCAGAGUUGAAGCCUUUAAAAAAGGUCUUCUGUUAAUUUCUGGCAUUUCAUUGAUCGUUUCAGCUGUAGUUAAAACAGGAGGUCAUUUAUUAACAUGCACUGCUUUUUGAAAACGUUUCUGAAAUCCUUAAAACACAAUUUUAUAUAUUGUAAAGAAAGUAGAGCUGAACCUGUUCAAACCAAAUAAAAUGGGCUGAUACUUCAACCAUCCUGGAUUAAGAAACACCUGAAAAUGUCCCCAUAGUUGCAGGUUAGAUGCUGCUUCUAAAUACUAAAUGAUAUUUAUGCCAGCAGACUUUUUCAAUACCUUAAUUUAAGUGUUUUUAAUUUCACAGACUCAAUGCUGCAGUUAUUAAUUAGUUUUAACACUAAGGUUGCAGAUGAUGAUUAUUGCAUAUAUUGUUUCUGUCAAAUGACCUGCGAGUUUUUCAGGCCUUUUAAGAUUUUAUUAUUAUUUUUUUUAAUGAAAACUGUUCACAAGUCUCAAACGUAAAAUCCAUUCUUAGAUACGCUGAUGUUGUGAUGGUUGUCAAGGCUCCGGUGAAACACUUAAUUCAGAUGUUGAAUGUUCUGCAGAUAAAGAUUAGAGCAAAGAGAUGUUUUCUGUGUUAUCUAGAUUAAUUUUAAAGGUGACAAACAGGGGAAAGAGGACAGUGAUGGUACAUGCCUGUCAGAUGAAGAGAAAAGUCUGAGGGACACAAAAGAGCCACGUUUCUAGAAAUGAAAAGGGGGACUGUAGUCGGUGAGCUGCCAAAAAAUAGUGAAGAAGAAAACUUGACGCAUGGUUUCAGUACUCAGUACACAGUAGAGACACAGUAGACUAGAGUAGAAACACACGGCAUUCCAUUUUCAUAAACACGAAAACGACAAAUACAAACCACAAGUAAGUCCAGUUUGGAUGUGCGUCGAGUUAGUGAAGCACUGAGACGCUCCUCCGCCCUCGUUCUGUUUCUCCGUGCCCUCAUUUCACUUUUCACCUGCUGUUUCAGUUUGUUCGCGCGGCGCUCCUCUUCAGCUGGUGUCACGGGUUCGCAACCCAAACGGCUCUGAUGGGAUGAAAUGUUGAGUCCGCCUUCCUGUUGGCUGCUCUGUAGAGCUUCAAAGUUUAGCUCUCGCUUCAAGUGUGGCUUAAAUAGCACGAAAUAGUGUAUCUAUUAGGGACUAUUUUCAGCGGCGGAUGAAUCCACAUUUGGUGCUCUUUGUGGCAGCAGGACUGUGUGUGUGUGUGUGUGUGUGUGUGUUCAUGGUAAUGAAGGAACACACUCACUGAUGUUUACGUUAAUCUGCUAGAUGUCAGUGAGUGAGGGGCUGCCAGGCUAGCUGCAUUCCCCUGCUUUAUGCUAAGCUAGGCUAACCAUGUCCUGACUCCAGCUCCAUAAUUAACAGAUACAUGAGCUCAAUAUGUCUUCUCGUCACUGUAACUGUAUUUCCCAAAGUGAGGAAUUAUUUCUUUUAAAAGCAACCUUUUUUUUUUUGUCUCGUCGUCCCGUGUCUCAAAAAUAAUCUUUUUGCAGAAUGAAGCUGAAAAACGCAGAAUUUAGCACACUUUGAGUUUUUAACGAAGCGUCCUGAAACCAAACGUACACGUAGUUUUUAAGUAUUUCAGAUCAGUCGUGCAGGUGGCCUCAGUAUUUCAUCCUCGUGUCGAUGAUUUUCUCUGAACCCACUGACACCAGCUGCGUCACGCCUUCCCAUGAUCCUCUGCUCCUUUCACCUCCGCUCUGGGACAAAGGAGUCGUGCACCUCCGUGUGUCGUGCAGUCGUUUCAUGUAGUAACGUGGCAUCAUUUCCAGACUGCAGACGAAGACUGAAUCUGGAUCUGUGUGAGCUCCUUCAGGCAGAUGUAGAUUAGAAUAUUCCGAGUUUACUUUCUUUUUUUUAAUCAGUAUUGUAUUUAUUUCAUGAGGACAGUUUUUGACUGACUGACAGGCGACACUGAUGAGAGGCAAAAUGUAGAUUUGUGGACGCACUGUUUACAGAUGCCUUGGUUACUUGACUUCUGUCAAUAAAAAUGUGAAAAAAUAAAACAGUAUUACAGAAACUGCUGGUUUGUGAGUUUAAUUCUGCACUCAGGAGUCAAAUUAUCACAAUAACUGAAAUAUUUAAAGCUAAACGAUUAUCGAACUGUGAAACUACUGAAAAGUGUUGUUUCUGAUAAACUCUUGCUGUGCUGCUGCUUCAUUUUUCAGACCAGUUUUAUUUUAUUCCAGCAGUUUUUAUUUCAAAUUGGUGUGAAAUAAUGAGAUCAAAUACAGCUGGAAGGAAAUCAAGACGAGACUCUUCUAUUGAGAAAAGCAGUGGGAUGAAAUAACAUUUCAUAUGAUUAUAUUAUUUCAUGUCUUUAAUAUUGAACGGUCAGACGUGAAGGAGAAU